AAGCAAAUCAUUUCAAUGUGCUCCAUGUUAUUGCAAAGAUAUAAAUAGAUUAGAAUUACAUUCAACACAAAAGAAAAAUGAUCUCCAAAAUUGUGUUUCAGAGAGAUAUUAGCACUGGCAAGCAAUAGAAAGUAAAAGCAAUUUCACUGUGUGAAAAAAAUUAAAUCACGUAGUUGAAGUAAGAUUACGUAGAUAUAGGAUCGCGCAUGCAGUUACAUUAAUGUACGCAUUUUAUCCCGGUAGUAUUUUCUAUGUAUAAACUUUCACAAUAAAUGACAGAAAAUUUAAAACUUAUCACAUAACCUGCACCACAUUAUAUAAUGGAAGUCGUAAAAAUAAACUUAUAACCCGCGGGUUAUAUACCGGAAAAUACGGUAGUCAAAUAAUACAAGUUUAUUAAUGUAUCGUCUUCACUUUGCUUAGAUAAGAGAUAUAAUACAUCUUGAUAGUAUCACUGUGAAAGAUAAACAAACGCAAGGAACUAUAUAGGUUUUUGUUGUUCUUGUUUUUAAUCUUUUCAUUCAUACAAAUGUAGAUGCUUCAGUUAACGGAAGAUUUAUCAGCUAUGUGCAAACAGGAAACAGACAAGGAUGAAGAAGGAGAGAGUGGAUUAUUUGAUCCACCUUUAUAUAAACAAAGAUAUUAUGCUGUUGCAAAAGUCAUUAAUCAACAUAAGGCAUGUUCUGUUGUGGAUAUGGGCUGCUCUGAAGGUCAAUUUUUACGAAAAGUCAAAGACUUAUGUCCUUCUGUCACGGAAAUUAUUGGUGUUGAUGUAGAUAAGAAUAUUCUUGAACGAAACAAGUUUCAUUUAAAACCUUUGACUGCUGAAUUUAUCCAGAGAAGGCCUUCUCCACUGAAGAUAAGCAUGUUUUGCGGCUCAAUAGCGUCCCCAGAUUUAACGUUUAAAGGUGUUGAUGUGAUUACAGGAAUUGAAGUUAUUGAGCAUCUCUAUGAAGAAGUGCUGCAGCUUGUCCCAGAAUCCUUGUUUGGUAUACUUCAACCCAAAGUUGUUGUUUUAACCACACCAAAUAGUGAAUAUAAUGUAUUAUUUGAAAACUUCUCUGGGAUGAGACAUUGGGAUCAUAAAUUUGAAUGGACUCGAAAAGAGUUCCAAAGUUGGUGUGAAAGCAUUACUAGACAGUAUCAUUACGAUGUUGAAUUUUCUGGCAUUGGUGAUUCUCCAGCUGGAUCAAAUGUAGGGUUUUGCUCUCAAAUGGCAGUGUUUACACAAAGAUAUAAUGUUGAAACAAAGAGGAGAUGUACUGAAAAAGUUAAGGAUGGUGUGUCUGAGAACAAAGUGUUAGAUGUUAAACAUAUGAAAUAUGAAUUAAUAAAAGAGGUCUGUUACCCAUAUGACGAUGUUAAUGAAAACCGAACAGAAAAAGUUCUAAAUGAGCUAAAAUAUAUUAUAAAUCAAUAUUAUUCAGAUAUCCCUGAUGAUGUUAGUAAUCGUUAUACCAACAGUGUUCCAAUUAAACAUUUACUCAGUUAUCAGUCUUUACUGAAGUUCAAAUGUGGACAGGAGGAUAUUUUGUAUUUAAUUAAAACAGAACCUGAAAAAUUUUCUUUAUCUGCAGAUGGAGAAGUUUUAAUGGUGGUUUUAAAUACAGUUAGUUCUGACGAUGAAUCUUUAUUGUCAGAUUUCAACGAAGAAGCAGAAGAUGUGAUUGGCUAUAAUUAUACUUCUAAUGUGACCGAAGAAAGUUGGGAAUAAUAUAUAUUUUUUGUUGGCUUAUGUUUAAUUUCUUGGAUAGUGUUUAUUUAUGACUAGAAGAUGUUGUUACACCUUUUCUUCAUUACAGGAAAAUAUUGAUGGAAAUAACGGUCAGGUAGUUGGA